AUGAUGAACGAGAGGGAGGAGGAUGAAGCUUGGCUGCAGCUGCGGCCUGUGGAGCCCUUGCCCUCCCAGUGCUGUGGCAGUGGCUGCUCCCCUUGUGUGUUUGACCUCUAUCACCGAGACCUGGCCAGGUGGGAGGCGGCUCGAGCCAGCAAAGACAGGAGCUUGCUAAGCAGGGAGGAGAGACAGAUCUACCCCUCCGGCCUGAGCCUAGAGACCUUCCUGGCCUUCAGCAUCAGCGCUGUGGACAAAGUCUCAGAGGACACUUACCGUGCCCGGUUUGCACUGCCUGGGAACAGCCAACUUGGCCUGCGACCUGGCCAGCACCUCAUCCUACGGGGGACAGUGGAUGGCUUAGACAUUCAGAGAGCCUAUACCCCCAUCAGCCCUGCCAAUGCAAAAGGGUACUUUGAAGUUUUAAUUAAGUGCUAUAAAACUGGGCUCAUGUCCCAGUAUGUUGAGUCCUGGAGAGCAGGAGACACAGCCUUCUGGAGAGGACCUUUUGGAGGCUUCUGCUAUAAACCAAAUCAGUAUGGUGAGCUCCUCAUGCUGGCUGCAGGCACAGGCUUGGCCCCCAUGGUGCCCAUCCUUCAGAGCAUCACAGACAACGCAGACGACGAGACCUUCGUCACCCUGGUCAGCUGCUUCAAGACCUUUGAGAGCAUCUACCUGAAAACCUUCCUCCAGGAACAGGCCCGCUUCUGGAAUGUCCGCACCGUCUUUGUACUCAGCCAGGAGAACUCUCUGGAACAGCUCCCCUGCAGUUACCGGGACAAGACACACUUUGGCCGCCUGGCCCAGGACUUGGUGGCAGAACUGGUUGGCUCCUGUCGCAGGAAGCCAUUUGCACUGGUCUGUGGCUCAGCCGAGUUCACUGAAGACAUGGCCAGGUGCUUGUUGUGUGCGGGCCUGACCGAGGACUCCUACUUCCUCUUCUAG